CCAGAAGUCUCCAGUCCUCUCAGAUUCAACUAUCUAUCCAUCCAUCCUUCCCAGUUGUCAUUCUCCCUUUCACAAUGAAGACCGCUGCUCUCCUCUCUCUGGCCUCGGCCGCUUCGGCCCACUACGUCUUCCCCUCCGUCUCGAUCGGCGGCCAGUCCGCCUCCAACUGGGAAGUCGUCCGGCAGACGGCCAACUUCCAGAGCACCGGCCCCGUCGAGAACGUCUCCAGCCCCCAGAUUAAAUGCUACGAGCUCAACGGCUCGGGUCCCUGGUCCGAUACCGGCGUCCUCAACGUCCAGGCCGGCGCCUCCGUCUCCUUCACCUCCUCCCCGCCCAUCUUCCACGAGGGCCCGGCCCUGGCCUACCUCGCCAAGGUCCCCGCGGGCACCGACGUCACCCAGUGGGAUGGCUCCGGCGCCGUCUGGUUCAAGAUCUGGCAGGAUGAGCCCACCAUCACCUCCAGCAGCAUCACCUUCCCUACCAUGAACUCCGCUUCCAUCGACUUUAGCCUGCCGUCGUGCCUCGAGAACGGCCAGUACCUCCUCCGUGUUGAGCACAUUGCUCUCCACGUCGCCGGUGCUCCUCAGUUCUACCUCUCCUGCGCCCAGAUCAACGUCUCCGGCGGCUCGGGCGGCUACAGCCCCGCUGGCAUGCUGAGCUUCCCCGGCGCCUACAGCGCCAACGACCCCGGCCUGACCGCCAACAUCUACUGGCCCAUCCCCACCUCUUACACUGCCCCUGGUGGUCCCGUCGGCUCUUGCUAAGAAGCCGGGCCGGACUGAUCAUUGCGACGACGCUGGCAAUUUGGGGGAAUACGAUUUUCGAUGGCUAAUGACACGACCAUUCUCUGGAGGAAACCGUUUUGCAAGCUCCGCAGACACAUUGACUGACGUUCGUGGACUUGCGAGAAAUAGGAGGACGGGUUGAUGACCGUGGCCUUCACUUCACAUACCAUCUUCAUUUCUUAGGUGUUCGGCUUGAUCACUCUAUCGGGCUCCUAAAGCGUCCAUAACCAAACUAUAUAUGUACAUAUUCUCACGUAAAUAU